CGGCCCGCUCAAUGAGGACCCUCGGGAGGCGGGCCGGCGGGCCGGGGGAAGGCCCCGGGUGGUGAGCCGAGGUCCCGGCCGUCAAGGGCUCCGGCGAGCGAGCGGCUAUGAGCGGGUCCCUAAGCCGAGCGGCGGCGGCUCUGCUCCGCUGGGGGUUCGGUGCAGGCAGGGGGGGCCUGCGGGGCCCGGGCGUGCGGGCGACGGGCUCGAGCGCCGGCGGCUGCUCGGCGGAGCAGCUGGACGCGCUGGUGAAGAAGGACAAGGUGGUGGUCUUCCUCAAGGGGACGCCGGAACAACCCCAGUGCGGCUUCAGCAACGCGGUGGUGCAGAUCCUGCGGCUGCAUGGCGUCCGCGACUACGCGGCCUACAACGUGCUGGACGACCCCGAGCUGCGGCAAGGCAUCAAAGACUAUUCCAACUGGCCCACCAUCCCGCAGGUGUUCCUCAACGGCGAGUUUGUGGGUGGCUGUGACAUUCUUCUGCAGAUGCACCAGAACGGGGACCUGGUGGAAGAGCUGAAAAAGCUGGGGAUCCGCUCCGUCCUCUUAGAUGAGAAGAAAGACCAAGACUCAAAGUGAGGACGGUGCAGGUCCUCACCGGGCCCAGCGCCCCACUCUCCGGGGAGGAAGCUGUGGGUGUUGGAAACGCCCCACCGGCCAAGCCUUAAGAAUCCUGGUUCUCAUGACGAAGACACAGCGGCUUGCACCACUCUCCAGGCAUGUAAGCCGUCGGUGAUUUCAGUUUGUCUGGUGUUAGGCUGAGAACACCCUCUUGUGAACUUAAUUAUAACCGCUGCACUGUAAUGACUCAGUGUUGUGUUCCGAUAUUGCUGUAAACAAUAUCUGUUCUUAGAUUGCCAUUUUCUUUGCCUGAUUCCGGAGUAAAACGUGGAGCUUUUGAAUCAUUAUUAUUCAUGACUCCUCAGCCAGUGUGUGAGUCUGCAAAGAUAAUGUAUCUCCCCCCAAUUUUGUAACUUGUUCUGUUACAGAAAUGAUGGACAAGGAAGAAGAUGUGAUAACUGGGGUGCUGUUUUUUUUAAAUAAACUCUACCUGGGGAUACAUGAGUGAGUUGUUAAUUCUGAAUAGCAGUAAGUGUGAGGAGUUUAGUGCCUGCAGCCGUUUGUUUUUCUGAAUGAAGAAUGAUCCUCAGACUACUAUUAAAUUUGCUACAAAAAUUGCUAUCAGGCUGUGCUCAAGCUUUCUCCAG